AUGUCGACUAAAUUCAAUACCCGUCCGUUACUUGAUCUUGAAAAAUUAUUUCUUAAUGAUUCAUCGGAAAUAUCAAGAUUACAACAAGAAUUUGAAAUUAAUGGUUGGUGUUUUGUACGCUUGUCACAAGAUUCACAAUCAUUCCUCUCACAAUUGAAUCAUAUUAAUCAAUCUUUAUCGAAGUUUUUUGCACUAGAUCAAGAUGAAAAGUCUCGUUAUUUAUCAUCAGAUGCAUUUGGAUAUACACGUGUUGGUCACAAAGAAGGUAUUAAAAUAUUAACCGAUCAACAUGGUACAACUAAUGCACAGAUUACUUUACCAAUGAAUAUAAAAGCAACUAUACAAGAUGUUACUCAAUUAAUCAAUAAUUUAACUUAUCGUUUAAAACCAAUAAUUAAUAAACUAGUUGUAUCAGAUGAUAAACCAUUAAAACAAGUCAAAAUAUCUGAUCUUUCAAUGCUUGAUAUUGUCAAUUACUUUAAUAAUAAAACUGGACCUAUAAAAGUACCUGAAGUUGGUCAUAAUACCGAUGAAGUUAAUUGUGUACCACAUUAUGAUCCUGGUCUCUUUUCAUUAAGUAUACUUUCAACAUGCGAUGGUCUUCAAUUGAAAGAUCAAUAUGAAAAUAAAUGGAUUGACGGACCAAAUAAUUCUCAACUUGAUCAAUCUAAUAUUGGUGUUAUUUGGCUUGGCGAAGCAGCAAGUAUUCUCACUGAAAAUCGUUUGAAAUCUGGUAUUCAUCGUGUUGUUUAUCCUCGUACAGCUCAUCAAACACGAAUUACUAUCUGGCAAGAAGUAUGUACAACAGCACAGAUUCAACAAUUGUUCGAAAAAGAUAGUAAUACACAAUAUUUACCAGCUGAUAUACAAGUUACGCUAGUUAAUCAACCUGAUUCUGUACCAAUGAAUGUUCUUACAGGUGGCGAAACUGUUAAUGAUUUUAUGAAACGCAUAGAAUUUGAUCGUGGUCUGUCGAUGAGUAAAUCUAUGCCAAUGGAUAUGCAUUUUAAUUCUAAUCCUGUCGUCGAUACAAACAAUAACAAUAAUUCAUCGUCGACUAUAAAUAAGCUUAAAAGUUUAUUUCCUUUCUUUAAGAAAUAA